AGAACCGUGGUAAAGUGAGGGACGACUGUACUCAUCUGCUAUUAUAGUUGAGUCUGAAUAAGAAUACAUCAAUAUGAAUCCUCUUAAAAGUAAGGUGUAAUGUAAUUCAUUAGUGUAGUACCAGGUGUGUACUCCCUCUUCUUAUUAGCUUAAAGGUCAUAUGGUAGGCUUUAAUGCCAGAUAAGAUGAGUAUUUUAUUUUAAUGUGUAAAAAAACAAUAAUUUUUGAUCAGUGCAAUGGAGAAGAAAACCUGAUCUUGAUGUACCUGGAGAAAUCAUAUGUUCAGAUUGAUCAUGAAUUGGAGUCUUGGUAAAAUACCUGUGUUUCAACCUUUUUAAUAUGUAAAAGAUAUGUUAAAAAAAUUAAACAGUUUGGUGCAGAACCACUUUGGAGAUAACUAAAUGUUUGGAAUAAAGAUGAUGAAACCACAUUUAGUCCUGCUGUUUAAAAUACCACACAGGUGUUAAUGGUUAAACCUGUUAUAAGCUGCGUACUUCUUUUUUGCUGCAUUCUUUUGAUGUCAAGUCAACAUUUCAGAUCACAUCUGAUCAUUUAGCAGCUGUGAAACAACAACAGGUGGAGCCAGUCAACUACCCAUGAUCCUCCUGAGGUGACCGUCCUGCACUGGUUUGACAGUGGAUCUCAUAAUAGGAUUAUCUAUUCUGAGUACAGGAGAAAGACAGAAGGAGAAAAUGGACCAAACACCAACAUGGAAGCACAGAAACCUCGUCCUGGACUCACUUUAGAGAUGGUUUCACUGAUUUAAUCUGCUUUUUACCUGAGAUUGACAAUCAAUCCUGACAAUCCUGGAUUAUUGCAGCAGUGAUGGCAAUGGACGAGGUGAUGAAUGCUGAGGCGAUGGCGAAGAUGAACAGUUACUUCCUGUCGACUCUGACGGACAGUGAGGACAGUGAGGAAGACACCAGUCAGGAGGAGUCACAACCUGCCACCAGCUGGUACGAUCUGUCCAUCAUUGAACGCGUCAGCUUGAACAGUGUGGAGAUGUCAGAGGCCGAUCUGGAGACAGCUUACUCUCAAAUUGCUCUGGCCUUUCGCUGUGACCAGUACACACUGAAGCAGAGGCUCCAGGCAGAGGAGCACUCACGCAACCUGGCUGAGGAGAACAUCCAGCUGGAGUUGAGCAGAGGCAGGGAGACGCUGGAGGUCCUGAAGGGCCUGUGUCUGGACAGUCAGCGCAGUCAGAUCCUGCAGAAGCUGGAGCUGUGUCUGGACAUCAUCAGUGGGACUGUGGGACGGAUCUCUACCACGGCUGAAGUCCUCGGUGCGGUCCACCAGGAGGCCCGUAUGAGUUGGGCGGUGGAGCUCAUACUGGCUCACGUGGAGAACCUGAAGAAGCAACAUGAAACGCUCCAGGAGGAGCUGGAGGAGGCCAGGAAAAAGCUCCUCUCGGACCCCGACGCCUCCCCAGAUCCUGGUGAAAGUGAGGACACGCUGAGAAUCGGCCCAAAGAAGUUUGUUCGAAGGAGGGUCAGUGUGUCCAUCGUUACCUCUGAAACCCAGGAAAGAAGGAAGCAAGACUCCAGACAGCGGUCAAGUCGAGAACCGUCCAGCACCAAGUCCUGCCCGUCCCCGUCCCGCAGCUCGGACUCUAGUUACUGCACCAUGAACAAGGACGACAGUGUGUUAGUGGAAGACAGGUCAGCUGAUCCAUAUGGAGGUGCGCUUGAAGUCUUAGCUUCUCAGCCUCCUCCAGAACCUGAUCCCAUCAUCAGCACAGAGCCUCUUCCUUCAGAACCAGUGGUCAACAGGAAAACACUAAACAAAAAUCCCCCUGUGAAUACCUUGCGGCAAAGACACAAGAGAAAACCUGUUCCUCUGAGAAAGAAACCCGACAAGGACAAGAUUCUGAAUGUCCACAGACGGAGCUCUGCGUUCACGUAUGGGUCUGUGUGGAAACUACAUCUGCCAAGUCACUGGAAAAAUUGUUGCCACUGGCUGCUCAUUCAGUUCUGCCUGUUGCUGCUUUUCUCUGUCCUGGUGUCGACUUUUGUUUGGUGGAAUCUUUGAGAUGUAGAUGCCUCAAGUGUUUCCAACCUUUUCUGACUCACGGCACUUAUUUACCAUUAGAACCGUAUAUGUACUGUAUAUAUAUAAAUAUAUAUAUAUGUAAUGAAAUAUAUUGAUCUUCUGGUUUCAAAUUACUAACAAUUUACUUACUUCAAGUGGAACCUGGCCUAUUUAGUUGAACAGAACUUCCAGAGUUCCAUUAAUAUUAUAUAUUGUAUUUAUAUAUGUGUUUGUAUGUAUAUACAUAUUACAAUUGUCUUGAUUAAUCAUGAUCAUAAUUAAUCACGAUUAAUCAGGAUAUACUGAGAACUAAACAUUCUUUAAUAGGAAAAA